UAUUCCAGCGUGUGCGCCCUGCGCUUGCGCGCCCGGCAGACACCCCGCGGGCCCCCAGGCCACCUGCACAAGGCGCGCGACGGCCCCUGCGAGUUCGCUCCUGUGGUCGUUGUUCCUCCUCAGAGUGUUCACAAUGUCACCGGGGCGCAGGUGUACCUGUCCUGUGAAGUGAGGGCUGUGCCGACCCCAGUCAUCACGUGGAGGAAGGUCACACAGUCCCCUGAGAGCACCCAGGUGCUUGAGGAGCUGCCUGGGGACCACGUCAAUAUAGCUGUCCAGGUGCGAGGGGGCCCUUCUGACCACGAGGCCACAGCCUGGCUCUUGAUCAAUCCUCUGAGAAAGGAAGAUGAGGGAGUGUACCAGUGCCAUGCGGCCAACGUGGUGGGAGAAGCCCAGUCCCACGGCACGGUGAUGGUCCUAGAUCUGAGUAGAUACAAGAACUUCCGCUUCCCGGCUCCAGAUGACCACAUGUGACAGAGAAAUGGUCUUAGAAACAUGGAUCACAGGAUGAUGGAGAAGUCAAGCAAUGGAUUUUUGUGCUUUGUGAAGAAUUGGAAAAACUGUUUGUGGAUGACCCCUUUUGUAUGUUUCUAAAAAUUAGAUGCAAACUAGAUUUGUAUCAGGUGUAGUUUUUAGCAGGGCAAGUUUUGGGAAAACAGACAUGCAUGUAGCUUUUUUUGAUACUUUUGAAAUGAAUUGCUCCAUGAGAAUUCUUUUUAAUUCUCUCUCCCAGGGUGAGCAUGUAAUGAUAUGUUUGUAAUUCUUAAGGGCUCAGAGCGAGGCGUAUAUCAACUGACUCUUUACCUCAUCUGUCUGUGACCUUUUAG